AUGUCGUACUCAUAUCUAGCUGAUUCUACCUACGGUAAGGACAAUGUCAAGUUCUUGAAAGUGAAGAAGUCAAAGACAAACCCAAAGCUCCAUGAGGUUAUGGAAUGCAAUGUCCAAGUCUUGUUGAAAGGUGAUUUCGAUGUCUCGUACACAAAAGCCGACAACACUCCAAUUGUUCCAACUGACACCGUCAAGAACACGAUUCUAAUCCAUGCCAGAAAGUACGAUACCUGGCCAAUUGAAAAGUUUGCCGCUAAUUUGGCCUUGCACUUCACCGGUAAGUACGCUCACGUCUCUGGUCUCACUGUGAAAAUCCUCCAAGACCGUUGGGUCAAGUAUGACGUUGAUGGCAAAGAAAGCCUCCACUCCUUUGUCCACCAGGGCCCAGAAAAGAAGAUCUGCUUCCUAGACUACGACAAGAAGAACGGCACUAGCUCGUACAAACUAGUAACCUCCAUCAAGGACUUGACUGUGUUGAAAUCGACUGGUUCGAUGUUCUACGACUACAACGUGUGCGACUACACAACUUUGAAGCCAACUACCGACAGAAUCUUGUCCACCGACAUCUUCGCUUCCUUACAAUGGAACCCUGCUAAGCUUGGAUCUUUGGAAUCCAUUAGAGCUGGCGACAAAGACGAUGUCUUUAACACUUCCUACACAGCUGCUCGUGACAUAACAUUGGACAUUUUCGCCAAGGAAAACUCUCCCAGCGUGCAGGCUACCAUGUACAACAUGGCGACUGCAAUCUUGAAGACUGCUCCAGAAGUUGAGCUAGUGACAUACGAGCUACCAAACAAGCACUACAUUUUGUUCGAUUUCAAGUGGUUCCAGGGAUUAGACAACAAAAACGAAUUGUUCUAUCCUUCCCCAGAUCCAAACGGUUUGAUCAAGUGUACCGUCGGCCGCAAACAAGCUAAGUUAUAG